CCAGCCAAUCCUGAGCGCACGGGUCGCUGGCCCUUAGCAACCGCCGCCACGGGUUAGGGCAGGGCCGGGUGCUGGGACUCAGCGAAGCUGAAUUGAGCGUGAAGCAGCGGUGAAGAGGUUGACCCUGUGUUACUUCUGCAAAGUAGCCUUGGAACAAUGAGUUCUGUUAAAGUGUAUUACACCAGCGUGUCAGGCUCUAGGGAGAGCUGCCAUAGAUAUCAGCAUAAAUGAAUGCAGUGAUGAAUGCAAAGGCCUGCCUCAACUGUUGGCAGAAUGUUAUUACCACUUCAUUGCAGUAUGAAGUCAAUCUGGUGAAGCAGAGACAGGAAGAAGUUAUCAGAAUUUUAGAUUCUUACAAAGUAAAGUAUGAAUUAAUAGAUAUUUCUGUCAGUUUGAAAGUACUUCAAGAAAUGAGGAUGAAGGUAUCUACCCCUAAGGCUCUACCACCUCAGAUAUUCAAUGGCCAAGAAUAUUGUGGAGUAAGAGAUUUUGAAAUGUUUCACAAGGCAAAGGAGAACAAAGAGAUUCUGAAAUUCCUGAAGAUGGAAUGAAUGAGCAGUUGUGAUACAAGAGAUAUUUACUUAUAUGGGUCCAGAUACACUUACAUAUAUAUCACUUUUAAUUAUAAUGACAGAACUGUUACAUUAAAUUAAUCACUUUAACACACAGACCUUUACCUUUUCAAUUGUGCAUUAAAAUCAUUUAUCAUGAUUCAAUCAUUUGUGAACAUUUUAUAGAACUGUGUAAAACAUCUUAAUUGUCUAUAGGUAUCAAACUUUUAAG